UUUGCACCAUUAAAGGGUUCCAAGUCUUUGCUUUCUCCUUAUCUCUUUACUACUCCAUUGCUUGGUCUUUUUCACGCUUCUGUAUAACACACCACAUAAACGAAAAGGAGAAAUAUCUCCGGUGCUAUGCUUUUGAUUAGCAAUAUUUUCUUGUCCAAAAAGAGGACCCGACCUGCUUACUGUCACAUUCUCUCUCUCUCUCUCUCUCUCUCUCUCUCUCCUUCUCAUUUCACGAUGGAACGCGUGUUCUACUCUUAAUCAUAAGCGCCCAAUCCUCUUACCGUCCUUUUAAUAAUUGGCUUCAUCAACUGUUCUCUGAUUCUUGAUGUGAUUUCCUUUUUUCGUACUAAAAAAAUCUGCCUCCAAUCUUAUAGGGACCAGUAGAUCUCUCUCUCUCUCUCCCUCUCUCUCUCUCUCUCUCUCUCUCUCUCCCUCCCUCCCUCCUUCCCUCCCUCGUCCAUGCUAUUGAUCACAUACCCCGUAUAGAAACUGAUACGGAGCACUGAAGGUAAUUGGCUGCUAUUGGUGCAUUGAAGAUAAAGAUGGAUCGUAGUAAAUAAGUAGAAGUGAAGCCAGAAAGUCAUAUUGGAGUCUCUUUUUGACCCAGCCGCUAAUAACCAGAAUAAUAUGGAUUCAGACCCACCAUUGCACAAGGCUUACAAAACCCUCUCCGGCAAAACAGUCGACGGAAAGUUCUCCGUCCACAGCGGAAGUGCAAAUUACGAACAUGUUGCCGAUGUCGACGAAUGUGAUCUUCCGUUGAUCGACCUGACCCUUCUGGAGCUCGGCGAAGUGGAGAGAGAGGAGUGCAAGUCGCAGAUAGCUAGGGCUUCACAAGAGUGGGGCUUCUUUCAGGUGGUGAACCACGGGAUAUCGCGCGAGCUGUCGGAGAAGAUGAGGUUGGAACAAGAGAAGGCCUUUAAGCAACCGUUGGAGAACAAGUACCUGAAAUUCUCAGCUGGCAGUUACCGUUGGGGGACACCAACCGCCACUUGCCUAAAGCAGUUGUCGUGGUCCGAAGCUUUUCACGUUCCCCUCAACAAUAUUAUUAAUUCCGGCGCGGGUAACGAUAAUGGUCUCAAUACUCUCAGCUCAACAAUGGAAAAGUUUGCUACGACAGUUUCCAGUUUGGCGCUGAAACUAGCAGAAAUUUUAGCAGAGAAAUUGGGUCACGACUCAACUUUCUUCCAAAAAAAUUGUCUGCCAAGCACUUGUUACCUUAGAAUGAACCGAUAUCCGUCGUGUCCCGUGCCAUCGGAGGUGUUUGGUCUGAUGCCACACACAGACAGUGACUUCCUCACCAUACUUCUUCAGUUUCAAGUUGGAGGGCUGCAAUUAGUGAAAGAUGGCAAAUGGAUUGCAGUUAAACCUAAUCCAGAGGCUCUAGUUAUUAACAUUGGAGACUUAUUUCAGGCAUGGAGUAACGAUGUUUACAAGAGUGUUGAACACCGAGUUGUCACAAAUGAGCAAGUGGAACGCUUCUCUACUGCUUAUUUCCUAUGUCCAUCAUACGAUACCGUUAUAGAGAGUUGGUGUGAGCCUUCUGUCUACAAAAAAUUCAGCUUUAGAGAGUAUAGACAGCAGGUCCAAGAGGAUGUUACCAAGUUGGGUUUCAAAAUAGGGCUUCCUAGAUUUCUUGUAUAAGGCGCACAGAGCCAUAUAUACAUAUACAUACAUAUAUAUACAUACAUAUAUAUAUAUAUAUAAGAAUUUUGUUAGAUAUUGUCAACGUCUAGGCUAUGUGGGGUAAGGUAUUUUCUUUAAAAGAAAAAAGUAUAUAAUAUAGAAUUAUGUAAUAAGGUUGAGUUCAAUUAUUAGGUGUUUACUUAACGAG